AUCAAAGAACGAGGAAAAGACACGCAAGAAGAAGCCAAGUGUCCGCUUGCACAAAAAGCCCGAGCUCGCAGAAGCAAAAGUUCUCCAUCUUAAGUUUUGUGGUGGUGUCUCCGCGCAAAGAAAAGAAACCGAGUUUUCUCCGGCGUUGGAUUGUCCCCCGUCUGGACCACACUUCCGGCGGACGUUAAUCGGUGUUGCGUCGAUAACGAAACGAAGUCGCGCGCGGUCGGGAUCGUAUUCCGGGAACCUGUGCCACUUCUAAGGGGCGCCAAUUUUUCACCCUUCCGCGCGUGUGUGUGUGUUUGUGUGUGUGCGUGUGCAGUAGAACCAUCCUUUUAGUAGUUGAGGCCGUCCCCCCGCGCCGAUUGACCCGGCCAGAAGAAGGUGGAGCUGUUGGAGUUGGACGAGGUGUUCCGUGUGUUCCGGCGUAGUGACGGAAUAGGAGCAGCGCGGGUUGCUGCGAUUUGUGUUGCCGAACUAAGGGCUGCCCCACGGCGCGGCGCAGCCUACUGAGAGCCUAGCGGAUCCAAGGAAAACGGUUCUGGAUGUCGAAUCAAAAUGGCCACCGCCGCCGCCGAGGAGCCUGACCUGUUCAACGGGCUAGAGAUCACGGACAUGCAGGAAAUCAACAUGGACAACGGCGACGAGUACGUGCUGAUCCCGUCGGACAACGAGAACGACGACGACGCAGUUGUCACGGAGAGUGGUGCUGGUGUCACGGUAGUGUCGUCCAAGGAGCACAUGUCCGGCGGGGAAGCUAUGGACCUGCUCGCCGGGGUCGAUUUGGACACGUUGCUGGACAAGGCCGUCAGCGAAAAGACCGAGCUGCGGAUCGUCAAGAGUAUUAACCUGGCACCGGUGCAGCAGGGUUGUGGAGGUGGUGCUGGUGGAAACGGGGGAGACAUUGACGGUGGUUCGAGUCGUGACCAUGGGAUGUUUACGAUGAGUUACCACUUUAACCUGGACACGCAGGAGCUGUUCAAUGUGGGUUCGGAUGAGCCGCAGCAUCGGCAGGAAGUGGAGCAGGAAGAGGAAGAGGAGGAGGAGGAGAUGGGUUGUGGCAUUACGAUCAAGGAAGAGAUCGACAUUGAGGAAACUGUGGUGAACUUUCCGGACGAUGAGGACGACCUGGGUGCGGAGAUGGAACUGUCGGAUGUAGGUCACGUGAGCGAGGAGAUUGCCAUUUCGGAGAGUGAAGACGAAGAGGAUUGUGUGCUGUUGUCGCUGAUUGAGCACCAGCAGCACGUUCCGAUCAAGGAGGAACGGCCGGAAGAGGACAAGAGUCCAGUUGAGAAUGAUCACGCUUAUACGUCGCAGUCGCUGGAUGAACCUGCGGCGGUGCAGAGCUGCGUUACCGUGGAGAGUAUUGUUGAACUAUCGCAGCGAUUGCUGGAGCAAGCUGGUGAAGAUAGGGAGAAACGAUUGGCCAGUAUAGCAAGUAUUGAGGAGCAGGUUAAGCUGUUGAAGGAGAAGGCCCUCUCGGAAGAAGUUGAUGCGCCGAAGAGUCUUGAACCCGAACCAGAACCUGCAAUUGAAUCCGCUGAAAUCAACGAAGCGGACAAUCUCUCAGUGAUCCUGUCGGAGAACUGUUCCGAACCGUUUGAGGGUCGCUCGAUGACGGAUCUGCUGGCGACCGCGAGUGAAGAAAGUGUCGCUGGUCGCCUCGAUACCGUUCUGGAGGAGCAAGAGGAACAGCAGGAAAUGGAGAUCGAAACCAAUCUGUCCAAGGUAAUGUCCCCGAACCGGUCGGAACCGCUCGAGCAUGAAGGGGACGGCGUCGCCGAUCCGCCGCCGAUGGAGUGUGACGUUGCUGAAGAUCCACCUCCUCCGACACCGGUUCCGGAAGAUGCUGAGAAGGAUCAGGAAGAAGUUGCUCCGAUGGAAACAGAGGAAGGUGAUCAGGUAGAAGCAGUUCAAGAAGAAACUCCGAAGGAGUCCGAAACUGAAGUUCAACCAGAAGAACCUGCUAUUCCGGAGAAGGAAGAACCGACCAAAAAGAGUCUCGAAAUUGCCAGCGUUGACGAUCUGAUCGAGCACGGCGAGUUGUUCUUCCAACAGUGCGAACUCAUGGUAGACAAAGCUGAUGAGGACGACAGCUGCGACAAGUUGAAACAGUUCCUUGCGAAACUAACCCUCAACGUGCGAAGGUUGACGGAGAAGCUCGCUCCAACGGCGACGGCCGACGCGUCGGUUCAAACCGAAAAGGUCAAGCUGACCCGGGAGAAGGCCAUUUCCCUGAACGAAAAGUACAAGCGACGGAUGCUCAGCUCGCUGGGAGAUGUAGAGGCGGUGUACAGCGAUGCAACGGCCAGUAGCGAUGAGGGCGGUGGUGGUGGUGGAGCAGGUUCCGAAGGUGCGGCAUCCAGCGCGGGUGAAGAAGAGGACGACGAUGAAGCGUUCGCGCGACGCCAAGAUCGGAGAAAGUCGAGGCGGAUGGAGCGAAAGUUGGCGCAGGGUGGUGAAGAGGGUGAGGAGGAGGAUGAGCAGGACAUUACGAUGCCCGGUAAGAAGCGAAACGCUCGAAGGUUGGACAGCACCGAUUCCGCAAAGAACGACGAAGAAGAGGACGCUUCGGAGCCGGAUUUGUCGCAGUUUUUGGUGCCGAAAUCGCCAACGAUUGCGUCGUCGUCGGAACCUGCCCCCGGAAGCGACGACAUUCCGGUCAAGAAUGAACCGUACUCCGAGGAGAACAGCUCGGAUACGCCGGUGGCGCAGAAGCGAAUCAUUCGGACGAGUAGCGUGGAAUAUUCUGCGACCAUCCGGGAAGGCGAGGCGUCCUCGCCAUCGGACGGGCAACGGAUGGACGUGGACGGGGAGGAUUCAACGUCGAAAAGUACGGCGCCGAAGCAGGAAGAAGACUCCAAAGACGACGAGCAGUCCGACAGCGAGCUGCUGGACGACGUUCUGCCCCAAGUCGACGACAUUCUGCUCGACGUGGACGACAUCUUGCCGGCGGCGGAAGGCGUCGUACAGGACUACCUUGUUGAGGAAGAGGUGCGGACGGAGGAGCGUAAAACGGAAGCUCCAAGCAAGACCGCUGAGAACAAACCAAAGAAGAGCACCGGCAAGAAGAUCGACAGCGAAGAGGAAGCCGAAGAAGAGUCGGAAGAUGACGCGCCCAAGGGUAAGGCCCUCGAGGACAUGACCGAGUCCGAGCUGGAAGAGUACUACGACAACCUGCGGGAGAAAGAAAUCGACAAGUUGUGCAACUUGACCAACCUGGAGGUUUCGAGGAACGCAAACCCGCAAAAGCCUCAGGAUGCCGCAGUCAAGAAGAAGCUCCCGCCGCCGGUGGUCAACAAAAAGAAGGACCGCGACGAUCUGUACGACAUUCUGAAGGACAACGCGGAACUGCACGGCAGCGGCGACGACAGCGACAGUGCUUCAGAAGUGGUUGAAACGGAGGAGCUGUACCUGCAGCAGUGCAAUCAGAACAUGAAGAACCAGCUGUUGAACCAGCUGAGCAGCAGCGACACCGAGCUGGAUUCGGGUGGGAGUGACGAGGACGGGGUGGUGGAGGCGUUGCGACGAGGCGGUGAUGAUUCCGACGAUUCGGCGGGGUCGAUUCUGAUGGAGAAGUUUUUGAAGAGUCUGAACAAGGAGCACGGCGAAGGGGAGGAUGAGGAGGAGGGCAGUGGGAACGAGGGUGAGAAGCAGGAGGUCGAGGAGGGAAGCAAGCCUUCUGUGGUGGAGGAGGACGCGGACAAGACGAAGGAGAGCGAGGUUGAAGAAGAUGGUGGCGCGAUGGAAAAGGACAAUGAGGACGCGAUUGAGCGGAUGAAGAACUCGCUGAAAAAGUCGGAACAGAAGACGACGUCUGGAGAGACGAAGGGUAGUCCUAAGAAGGACGGUGGUUCGGCGAGUAAAACGACAGCCGUUGAUCCGCUGGACAAGCAGCUGUUUAGCAAGAAGAUGUUCCGGGAUGUGGAUGAGACGCUGCGACGUGAUCGGGACCGGGAGGCGUUUGGACGGGAGAAUGGUUCGGCGACGAGCCGGUCCGAACGGGUAGUCAGCGAAGACUCGGACGUGGAACUGCUGGACGUGUCGAUGUUCCAGCCGAAGCGAAAGCUCAAGGAGAAGACGCUGGAGGACUUUGACUUUAGUGCCACGACGAAGCGGGCGACUCCGCAGUUGAAGCGCAAGGACACUAAGGAGGACGACUGCAUAAGCUUGAGUUCGGAGAGCGAAGCGGAGGUAGAGGAGACCAACGAGGCGGAUGAGAAGGAGAACAAAAAGGGUCGGAUACGGACGAUGCUGACGCAGGACCAGCUUGCGGACGAGACCAAGACCGCGCAGAAGGACGAAGUGGUUCGGGUGGCCCAGCUCAAGAAGAAGAAUGAACAGUUGACCAAGUUUAUGGAAACGUUCAAGCCCGGCCCGGACGAGAGUAAGAUGGUGCUGGAUUACGACGCCAAGCGGAAGCAGGCCAUCUGCGUUCAUCCGCACAUCGAGAAGCUGCUCAAGCCUCACCAGCGAGAAGGUGUCCGAUUCAUGUACGACAACAGCUACGGCAGCGUGAACUACAUCAACAAACACCCCGGUUCCGGGUGCAUCCUAGCUCACUGCAUGGGCCUCGGCAAAACGCUCCAACUGAUCACGCUACUCCACACGGUCAUGCGAUUCCCGCAGCUCAAGACCCGUCGCGUACUCGUAAUCUGCCCCAAGAGCACGGUCAUGAACUGGUCCGACGAGAUCCAGCACUGGCUGGGUUCGCUCAAGAGCGGUCCCCGACUGAAGGUGUUCUACUUCCCGGACAACGCCGACGUCAACGACAAGCUCAAAGUCCUCGGUGAUUGGUACGCCUCGAACGAGAACCGCUGCGGCUGCAUGCUCAUCGGGUACGAAGCGUUCCGCGUGCUGGUCAACUACGAGAAGCGCAAGCGGACGCCCUCGAACUUCCUAGCGGCGAAGGCCGCCUUCGUGAAGAAGCGCGUCGACGAGUACUUGCUGGAUCCGGGCGCCGACCUGGUCAUCUGCGACGAGGGCCAUCAGAUCAAGAACAAAAAGUCCGCCAUCAGUGGGGCCGUGUCGCAGAUCAAAACCAAGCGACGGAUCGUCCUGACCGGGACGCCCAUCCAGAACAACCUGAAGGAAUACUAUUGCAUGGUGAACUUCAUCAAGCCGUCCUUCCUCGGCAGCGACCGGGAGUUUAACAACCUGUACGCGAACCCCAUCAAGAAUGGCCAGCACAAGGACUCGGACAGCCGGGCGAUCAAGAUCAUGAAGCAGCGCUCGUUUGUGCUGCACAACAAGCUGUCCAAGUUUGUUCAGAGGCGAGAGGCCGGCGUCCUGAAGGAGUUCCUGCCGGAAAAGUUUGAGUAUGUGUUGUUCGUUCCUUUAACGCCCGUCCAAGAAAAAAUGUACGAGGUGUUUCUGCAGAUGAACGAGUACACGACGGCGACCGGUGAAGCGGUCAGCGAAGGCGCUCGGGGGAAAAAGUUUAAACUGCUGGCGGAUUACACGUCGCUGCGAAAGAUCUGGACCCAUCCGAAGGUGCUGGAAAAGGCGUGGGAGACGGCCGUCCAGGAGAAGAACAAACGGGACGCCCGCUUCCGGCUAACCGCUUCGCCCGACUCGGACGACGAUCGGCCCGACGACUACAACGACAUCUCGUCGGGUGCACUCUCCGUGACGAACGAUUGGUGGCGCAAGCAUCUGGGCGUCAACGACCUGGAGUCGCUCUACCCGAGCAACAAGCUGCGGAUCAUGUUCGAGAUUCUGAAGCAGUGCCACGAGCGCGGGGAAAAGUGUCUCAUCUUUUCCGCGUUUGUGGCCGUGCUGAACGUGGUGGAGCACUUUAUGGCCAAGAUUCACAACCAGCAGAACGAUCCGGCGGCGGACGUGUACGGGUACGGGAGCUUUCGGGGGCCGUGGGAACCGGGCAAGGAUUACUACCGGUUGGACGGGAAGACGCAGAAGAACAUUCGCCACAAGAUGAUUACGUCGUUCAACGAUCCGUCCAACAAGCGGACGAAAUGCUUUUUGAUUUCGGCCAAGGCCGGUGGACAGGGUAUUAACUUGAUCGGAGCGAAUCGGGUGAUUAUUUUGGACACGUCGUGGAAUCCGUCGAACGAUCAGCAAAACAUCUUCCGGAUAUUCCGGCUUGGGCAGAAGCGCAAGUGUUACGUGUAUCGACUGUUGGCGAUGGGCACGAUGGAGGAGAAGGUGUACUCGCGGUCCGUUACGAAACAGGCGAUGAGUUUCCGGGUGGUGGACGAGCAGCAGAUCGAUCGGCACUACAGCUUCUCGGAGUUGGCCGAGUUGUACAAUCUGUCGAAGGUUGAGGACCAGGUGCGCGAAACGCCGAUUCUUCCGGCGGAUGAUGUGUUGGCGUACCUGCUGAGAAAUCUGCCCAAGAGUGCGUUCAAGUACCACGUGCACGAUUCGUUGUUGGAGAACAAACCGGAGCAGGAUUUGAGCGAAGAGGAGAAGAACGAGGCGUGGGCGGCGUACGAACGGGAAAUUCAGAACAAUGAAAAACCUUCGUAUUUGGGCAACUUGGGCAUGAUGCAGAACUUUAUGGGUGCGGCGGGAGCGUUUCCGGGUGCUUCCGGAUCGGGGUUGGGACCCUACUCGGCGAUUAAUUAUCCUGGAUUGCCGGGAGCGUUGGCAGACAUGUACCGGAACGACUUUAGGUACAGUUCCAGCAUGAACCAGUUGAUGUAUCCGUACGCGAAUGCGUCGUUCCCUUCGUUGAUGAGCGAUCCUAGCUAUUCGUCAAUCAUGGGAAAGCAACCGGCGUAUGGGAAUUUUAACCUGCCGGGGGCGUCACCUUCCGCAAGUGGCAUACCGGACUUUGCCCUGUCGGCAGCGUUGAACGGUCAGAGCUCCAGCGGGGGUGGUCCAGGAACGAGCAGCUACAACACCAACGUAGCGCUGCAGAGUCUACUGGAACUGUACAGCAAGUCCCUCUCGUCGAGCAUGAACAACAGUACGACGGUCACGACGGCAACGGCCACUUCGGUGUCACCGAGCACGACGACUUCCCCGUACAGUGCACUGAGUGCGUUGAAGCAGUUCAACGGGUUCGGUCCACCACCGAUGCACCAUCCCGGAUCUCCAGCACCGCAAUCACAUUCCUCCCCUGCACCACCACCGGCCUCCAGCUCUCAAUCCCCAAGUAGUUCCGGUAAUGCCGCCCUCAUCAACAUGCUCAACGAACAACCCAUGCCCAUGUCAUCGGCCGCAUCAUCCGGACCAUUCUCCCACCUCAGCUCUCCGCUGCCAGCGCCGACAAUCACUCCGUUACCUUCGCGCAGCACUCCGUCGGCGGCCACAACCGUCACCACGAUGGCCACUUCCACGCCAGUAUUAAGCUCCGCCUCCCCUUCGACCGUGUCCAAGAGUGUCAUCGCUACGGCACCACCUCCCCCAGCGCAACUUCCACUACCACCGCUCAACAUACCAAAGCCAACGCUUUCGUCGUCUUCGUCCGUGGCGAAGAACAACGAUCCAAAGCCGGUUCCACUCACGACCACGAUCGUGGCCAGCGACGAUGACGACGUGGACGACGAUGGCAUCCCGAGGCCGCACAUAAUCGUACGCGACCCAUCGUCGAUCAACGCGACCUCGGCGAAACCCGGCGCCCAGGACAAGGAAAAGGUUGUGAAGAAGAACCUCAACAUGGGCAUCGUCUACCCGGCGGAGAAGAAGAAAGACAACACCAAGGACAUCAUGCUCAGUGCGAAGAGUAUUACGACGUUGACGAAGCCGACGAUCGCCGUGAAGAACGUAGACAGCAUGAAAUCUUCCAAGGGUAGCGCAAACUCCCCGGUACACAUUGCGCCGAGGCCAUCGCCAAAGCAAGCCCGCCCGCCGCCAUACAGCUUACCGAGGGCGUCCCCAAGCAACAGUCGACCACAACACCCUCCACUAAUCCGUACUCCACUCACGAUCGGCGGCUCGUCAUCCAUCAUAGCUAAACCUCAACCCGCCACCGCCAACAACUCCACAACCCCCCGCCAGCAGCAGGUCCCAGUCAUUACGAACGCAAAAUCCCUCCAACUGCAAAACUCCCCCUCCUCGUCGCCAUUCAGCCUGCAGCAGAAAAUCUCAAACCCGUCGCCGACUGCUUCGUCUUCCAACGCUGCUGCCUCUCCGACACUUCCCCGCGGUUCCAUCGCGGCCCAGCAACUGCGCGAACUUCAACAACGAAUGAACAGCGCCGGCACCAGCAGCAACCUUAUCGCUAGUAACACCAACUCGCACCUGGCGAUGGCCAAGGCGAAGAAGCAACUGCAGCAGGCGCAACGACAACAACAGCAUCAACAAUCACCGAGCAGACCCGUUCCGGUGGGACUCUUCCCCUCGCAGGCGACAACUUCGACGACGACGUCCAUUGUCAACCAGCAGCUUCCAAAGGGUUUGGCAAGUACAAGUCCUGGAGCGGCACGGCUGACGAUGACCGGUAACAAACCUGCCAGCCAAACGAACAUGUCCCCCCUGUCGGAUAGCGUGAGCAUAACGAAGAUCACCAGCACCGGUCAGCGGAUAGCGAUCAGCAAUCCGCCGUCCAGUACGGUGGCGGCCGCCUCGGGCGCCGGAACCAACAACGCUGCGGCCAUGUCGUUCCUCAGUGGGAAUCUUGGCCGCAAGCAGGACCUCGUCAUAACGAAAACCAUUGGCGGCGGUGCAGGCACUGCCGUGCGGAAGGUCCUUCCCGGGCCAAACAUGGUGGUCAAGACGUCGCAGGACAUGACCGUGGCGCCGAGCUUGAAGCGACCCUUCUCCACCCUGACUCCGACGGCCAUGAAGUCCACCCUUGGGCAGUCGCCGCUCUCAUCGGCAGCAGCACCACCUCCAUCGCUAUCGAUGGCCACCGUCAGUGCGGCGGCAGGUGGUGGGAUGCGCGCAGGACCCGUUACGCCAAACAGCAUAACGGUGCGGAAGCGCAAGGCACCGGUUCCGGGUUCCGGCGCGGACCAGCCCUCGCCCACCCUCAUAGACAGCUUAAAGGCGAAAAACAAUUCGAUUACCAUCUCUGAAGUAAGGUCGAUUUACUCGCCACCGGCGGCCAAGAAGCCCACUCCGAGUAUUCCGAUUCAACCGCAGAAGCGAUUGGGCAGCGGGAUCACCAUUACGCCUCGGAAGCCGACGGCCGCAACCCAGCAGCAGCAGCAGCCACAAAACGUCCUCGAGGUGGUCGAAAUUGAAUGAGGCAAAUGCGGGCAGCACUGAACACACAUCCGACAACGAUUUCAGCAACAGUCAGUCAAUAGGGAAAAGUUUAGCAACUAACUAAUUAUUUGCAGGAAGAAUUCUGUGGUUGUUUGUUUGUGUUGGUUUGCAAACCAACAGAUUAGCGCUUAUUUAAUAUUAUUUGAAAAAAAUGUACAUUAUGUGAGCUCCAUUAUUUACACCAAAAAAUGCAACGCAAAUCGAAAACAUGAUGUGUUAGGUUAGUAAUUUGGCCAUUUUAUUUAAAGCUGUAAAGGGAAAAAGUCUCCUCGCUGUAAGAUAUCAAGAGUUUUUUUUUCAACGCGACUGGAUCGAACUUGUAAAUACUGUUCAACUAAAUAGAUUUUUACUAUUUAUUCGUACUGGUCAAGGCUAAUUUAUAAAAGUAUAGGAAAAUAAUGUUUUACGCAAAAUUAAAACAAGUAAGCUGAAGCGUCGUUUCCCGCCGCAAUUUGAAAGGAUUGCGUGGCACCGUGAAUGGCGCGAGGCAGUCUCACCUAAUCAUAAUUUACCUAUGAUAAUAAUGAUGUGCGUCGGAAAAUGGAAUCCUUUCUAAAUGGCAAUACAAUACAAAAAAAAAUCAGAAACCAUUGUGUACAUUUGUUAAUAGCAUUAUUUGUGAUCCCCAACACAAAUUAUCUGAUAAUAAAAGUAUAAUUUAUCUUGUGAUACGUAA